AUGGAUAAUACAGACUCAAUCUUGGCAGACAAGGCCCGGCGUGCCCAGGGAGAAGUUCACCGGCCCUCUGACGCUUCUGUGGCGACGAUUAGCCCGCCUCCCACCAUAGACGAGGACGAGUAUCAAGCUGAAGGCAGCGGGAGCCAAGAACCAGAACCAGAGUCCUCCCAUUCUCCUGGUUACUUUGCUCCGUCAGCGACUGCAAAACUUCCCCCGUAUUCAAGUCCCUCAAUCAGCUCCCUGGACGCCCAGAACCGGCCAGCACUUCCAAAGGGGCCUCAAUAUUACCCUGGAUUGCCCGUUUUGGAUUACCGACAAUAUCUGCCACCAAUGUUUGAGCUAUCUCCAGACACCAGUACAAUCACCAGCAGGGCGCAUUAUUUGUCGGAGAAUGUGAAAGCACUUGCAACUCUGCUGAGGAACCUGGCGACAGUGCCACCCAAACCGCAGAUACACAUUACGGGAAAUAGGGGCAGAAAGGUCGACUUUAGUUUGAAAUUGAACCUCAUGAGUCUCCUGAUCCCGGAUGACCCCACUCACCGGAUGGACUAUGUUCGUCUUAUAAACAAGGACGAAAUGGGAUACCGAGGCGGGCAGGCGCCGUCGCUUCAACCCGAGAUCAACGAUGCCAGCUUGGAGGACUGGUGCCAGGAGUUCAUUGAGGACGAGGCGACCAAUAAGUCAUUCGUGUUGGAGCGUGUCGUGGCCAACAUGGACACCAACUGGCUCGAGGGGCAGAUCCGGUCGCUCGUGGCCUCGACCAACUACAAGGGCGUGGUGACGGUCACUUUUCCCGUGACGCACUCGCGCGUCGUGGUCCAGACGCCCGACAAGGUCAACAAGUUCUUCACCAGCGUCUCGACCCUGUUCAGCGGCCGCAGCAAAUACGAGGUGGUCAAGGCCGUCUGGCCCUUUGCCACGCACCGCAACGGCGAGCCGGGCCGCCGCUGUAUCGUGCAGAGCGAAAAGACGUGGUGGGAGGAGUGGAAGGAUCCCAUCAAGUAUGGCGUUGGCACCAAGCGCAACGGCUGGGUCACCAAUGAGGACAAGCUUGAGUGCAUCAUGGAGUCCAAGGGCAAAGGUCUGUCCAUUGUCGACUGGGGUCCCGAUUUCUAG